AUAAAAACCAAAAACCAAAUACCAAAUAAAAAAAAACUUUGAUUGGAAGGUGACAAAGUGAUAACAAAAAAUAAAAAAACCAAAGCAACUGAUUUUGAUUUAUCGGAUUUUAGAGGCAACUAAGAAGUCGCUUCUUUCUUUGAAAGAAAAACGAAAAACAAAAGAAGGGGAAGCUUAACAGAUUUGUGUGGAUUGAUUCGAGUUGAAGAAGAAAGUGUUUGGAAGCUACUUGGGAUUUCAAUACGUGCUUUUUUGGGUUUUUGAAUGGUGAAGAUUUUUAUGAGGGAAGCUGCGAGUAGUUGUUAAUUAGUCUCCGGUGAAUGUGCCACGGAGGGGUGUGUGUUUUGUUAGGUAGACGGUAUGGAGAGGUUUUUAUCGGCGGUGGCGAUGGUGAAUCAGGCGGCUGCAGAAGCCGGGGUGGGAGUGGCCGGAGAGUCUCUUUUAGGGACUAUUAAAAUCGCGGUGUUGCCGAUAGCAAAGGUCUUCACAAUGUGCUUUUUGGGAUUCCUUAUGGCUUCCAAAUAUGUCAACAUUUUGCCUGCUAGUGGAAGGAAACUUUUAAAUGGGCUGGUCUUUUCACUUUUACUUCCAUGUUUGAUAUUCUCUCAACUUGGUCAAGCUAUCACCAUUGAGAAAAUGCUUGAAUGGUGGUUUAUUCCUAUGAAUGUUAUUCUGGGUAGCAUGUCAGGAUCCUUAAUAGGUUUCAUUGUUGCAUCGCUUGUCCGUCCACCAUACCCUUUUUUCAAGUUUUCAAUCAUACAAAUUGGAAUUGGCAAUAUUGGGAACGUACCACUUGUAUUGAUUGCGGCUCUAUGCAGAGACAAAUCUAAUCCUUUUGGUGACUCAGAAAAAUGUAGCACAGAUGGGACUGCCUAUAUUUCAUUCGGCCAGUGGGUUGGCGCCAUCAUCUUAUACACAUAUGUGUUUCAGAUGUUGGCGCCUCCUCCCGGAGGUACCUUUGACAUUGAGGAUGGAAAUCUUCCCAUCAAGGACCCUCCAAAGGAAGCCACAGCUGAGCAACUUCCAUUGCUUACACACGAGGAGGCAGCAUCAGCCAAUCCAAAGGAAGAGCAUGAGCCAACUGCUUCAGGGAAAGGAAAGUUUAAAGGUUUACUUUUUUUCCUGUAUGAGAAGUUGAAGCUGAAGCAAAUACUUCAGCCACCUAUCAUCGCUUCCAUUCUAGCCAUGUUACUUGGUGCGGUACCAUUUUUUAAGCAACUGAUCUUCACAGCAGAUGCUCCUUUUUUUUUCUUCACUGACAGUUGCAUUAUUCUUGGGGAGGCCAUGAUUCCAUGCAUCCUGUUGGCAUUAGGAGGCAACCUUGUUGAUGGACCUGGAAGUUCAAAGCUUGGUCUACGGACAACUGCUGCUAUUAUUUUUGCGCGGUUAGUUUUGGUGCCUCCUGCAGGACUUGGCAUUGUCAUGUUGGCUGAUAAGCUUGGUUUCCUCCCAGCCGGUGAUAAGAUGUUCAGAUUUGUCCUACUUCUUCAGCACACAAUGCCGACAUCUGUCCUUGCUGGUGCUGUCGCCAAUUUAAGAGGUUGUGGUAGGGAAGCAGCUGCAGUCCUCUUCUGGGUUCAUAUUUUUGCUAUCAUAUCAAUGUCUGGAUGGAUUGUUCUCUACCUCAACAUUCUAUUCUAAAACUGCAGCAAGCUGUGUCGCGAGGCCAAAUAUUCCACUGUGGUUUUUCUAUCUAUAUCCAUAUAAUCAAUGUCAAUAGCUAAAUUAGUUAGUUGCAAACUUGGAAGUUCUUUUGCUUGUAAUGGAAGACGUGAUUAUGCCCCCUCUUGAUAGUAAUUACUAUUCUUUUUC